CCGGCAGGCUCAGAUGGAGGACGCACCCGCCGGCCAGCCGGGAACCUUCCCUCGAGGGCUCCCAGGGCGGGUCUCUUCCUCUCUCCAGCCCUGCUCAGGCAUUCGGCAGGUCCAGCAGAGGUACACCUCCUGCAGCUGGGUUCCAAGUGCACCUCCAGCCUGAUGGGCCUGACCAAGGAGGCUUCCAGGACCACAGAAGGGGCUGCAACCCAGGUACCCAGAGAGUGAGCGUCUCCACGCAGGACAGUGCACGGCGGCUGACACCUGCAGGGACGCCCGCCGGACGAGCACGCGGAGGACCCUGGCCUCCACAGACGUGCCAUGCCAGCGUGCGGAGCAUCUGUUCCUCCCACUCUCUGCAGUUCACAAACCCAACCCAAACCACCACAGGUGCUCCUCGGGAGUUUCCUGUCUAACAAAUGCUGGGCUCACUUCAGGGAGAAUCACGCUUCUUUCUAAAGAUGGAUUCGCUGUUUAAAACAGAGCUCUGGGAGCCUUUUGGCAAAUCUUGAAAGCUGCACGGUGCAGAGACAUGGAUGUGACUUCCCAAGCCUGGGGCAUGGGCCUGGAGAUGUACCCGGGCACCAUGCAGCCUGCAGCCCCCAACACCACCUCCCCCGAGCUCAACCUGUCCCACCCGCUCCUGGGCGCUGCCGUGGUGAACGGGACAGGCGAGCUCUCAGAGCACCAGCAGUACGUGAUCGGCCUGUUCCUCUCGUGCCUCUACACCAUCUUCCUCUUCCCCAUCGGCUUUGUGGGCAACAUCCUGAUCCUGGUGGUGAACAUCAGCUUCCGGGAGAAGAUGACCAUCCCCGACCUGUACUUCAUCAACCUGGCGGUGGCGGACCUCAUCCUGGUGGCCGACUCCCUCAUUGAGGUGUUCAACCUGCACGAGCAGUACUAUGACAUCGCCGUGCUGUGCACCUUCAUGUCGCUGUUCCUGCAGGUCAACAUGUACAGCAGCGUCUUCUUCCUCACCUGGAUGAGCUUCGACCGCUACAUCGCCCUGGCCAGGGCCAUGCGCUGCAGCCUGUUCCGCACCAAGCACCACGCCCGGCUGAGCUGUGGCCUCAUCUGGAUGGCAUCUGUGUCAGCCACGCUGGUGCCCUUCACCGCCGUGCACCUGCAGCACACCGACGAGGCCUGCUUCUGCUUCGCAGACGUCCGGGAGGUGCAGUGGCUCGAGGUCACGCUGGGCUUCAUUGUGCCCUUCGCCAUCAUCGGCCUGUGCUACUCCCUCAUUGUCCGGGUGCUGGUCAGGGCACACCGGCACCGCGGUCUGCGGCCCCGGCGGCAGAAGGCACUCCGCAUGAUCCUCGCGGUGGUGCUGGUCUUCUUCGUCUGCUGGCUGCCGGAGAACGUCUUCAUCAGCGUGCACCUCCUGCAGCGGACGCAGCCCGGGGCCGCUCCCUGCAAGCAGUCUUUUCAGACACCGGGCUCUCCCUUCCUGUUUUACUUCUCCAUCAGCGGCUGA